AUGGGGAAAGCAAUGGAAGACAUGCGUGCGUCGGCGCCAAGCUUUUCACCAAAGGAGAAGUCUGAGGUGGACCCACUACAAGUUGGAAAAGGAGGUGGCAAGAAGUACACCAAGAAGGAGUCCACAGAACCGGAGAUCGGCAGUGGGAAUGCCAAUGCCUGGGCCAAUCUCGGACAUGCUGGUGGUGGUAGAGUGAAAGGGGUCAACUAUGACAAGAAGAGCUGCUACGAGCGAGCCCUGGAAUGUGACGACAAGUUUGCCAAAGUCUGGUACCUACUCGGAAUUGCCGGUGGCGGUAGUGUGAAAGGAGUUGCCUAUGACAAGAAGAGCUGCUACACUCGAGCCUUGGAAUGUGACAACAAGGAUGCCAAUGCUUGGGCCAAUCUCGGAAAUGCAGGUGGUGGUAGAGUGAAAGGGGCCAAUUAUGACAAGAAGGGCUGCUACACGUGA